AUGGCCGAAGACAUCGUAACACGAGCGACGCGAAAGAUGAAAGGUUUAACCAGACCCGGGGUAAAAGAACCGGACACCCAACCACAGACUCAAACGGCAACAGCGCAAUCAAUGUCACCUCAAGGACAGACGCAGACAGCCGCAGGGAGCAACACGACAAACGAGUCAUCGGAGCACUUAAGUAAACGCUCCAACGAAGUCAUAGACCUCUCCCAAGUUGGCGAGAGAGGCACCGGAGAUCCUGGAAAUGAUGAACCAAGAGGACAAGACACGUCAAAAGAAAACGACCGAGAAGACGAUGCGAUUCAAGGCCAGCUCACCGACGUUACCAAAUCCAGCAAACUCCCUGUCACGACAGCCACGACAAUCCCUGAGUCAGCGUCGACCGCGACAACCUACCGUAAUCUACUGUCGUCCUCUGAUGAUUCAGGACCCAUGCUUGUAGUCAACAAAGCAUUAGACUCAGAAACACCCAAACAGGUGGUCUCAUCAUCCCAACUCUCGGAUAAAGAGAGGUUGUGGAACCAAAUCUGCGCAGCUAAAUCAGCUAACGACGACUCAACCGCCGACUUCCUUCUCAGGAUAUAUCUCUCUUUGCCUAAGGAUGAGACACCCCCUAAUACGAAUACGCUACAACCUCCAUCUGUCCACCGAUCGGCCUCUGCUACGGCAUCGCUGCCGACACAAAAGCAACCCUUGGAUAAAAACAUCAACUUCAUCAGGGGCUCUAUCCCAAAUCAUUGCGACAUUGGAUUCACUCCGUUUUUCGACAAGAACAUCCGCGAGUUCAAAGGGCCUUUGCCGCUCACCAUCUUCGACAAAGAGUGGCAAGAAGAGGCGGUCUCGUUCCAUUCAGGCAAACGCUCAAAGACAGACGAAAAAGACGGAGUUUAUACGGGCUACGAGUACCCAAACGAGUGGACCCAAUCAUUCAGCGCAUGGACCAACAACUUCAGGAGCUUCUUGAUCACUUAUAGGGACAUCUACAAAAUCCCCGAAUUUGCAGAGUGGAUAGUCGAACACAAAUCGAACGUCGAUGAAAUAAUUGCGGCCGAUGGUUUCCUGACCGGCUUCCGCUACGACAUUAUUGUCAGAGCUAACGCUUUCGCCUAUCGAGUCGAAACCGAUCAAGGAGCGUCGGUAGUCGACAUAUCCAUCAUGAGGAAAGAAGUUCGGGAGAAAGCUUGGGCGAUUACGAGAAAACUAGACGAGCUAGACUUCACCGAUAACCCUUAUGCUCUAGGAGGCGUCAAGUUUGGGUUCGAUCCGAAAACAGGAAGGCCAAGAAUGCCAAAAGGGCAUAAAUCCUCUUCAGACGUCAACCCAUACUCAUCACAAAACUCGGGAGAAAGAGGUUCUUAUAGAGGCAACUCGGCUAGGAAUCGAGGAGGAUAUAGAGGGAAGAAUUUUGGUCCGGCCGAUUACAAUGAUCAACACUUCGAUGACCGCCGCGAAGCAAGAGUUUCACAAGGCUCCGAAGAUAAUAAGUGGGGCCCGAGAAGAGGAGGUGGUUAUACUAACAGAAACUAUAACCAUUAUGAGGACAGUAACUUCAAGAAUGGCUUUAGAGAACAAAAAGGUUCAUCUUCAAGAGGCCCAGCCUCGACGGGAAAGAAAGAAUUUAAAGAAGGGAAAGACAUGUAG